GCAUUUGGGGAGGAGGUCCCGGGGAGGGAAGUCGGGAAUGUUUCCUCCCCACAGAGAUCUCUGCCGGGAGGAAGUAACCGGCAAAACGCCGCGGGGACACCCCUCACCUCCCUCAGAAAGUUCUGUCCCUUUCCUAACUCUGGAGGCGGCAACAGGGAUGGUGUCCAAUUCAAGAAGCAGGAGGGCAGGCAAGAAGGCUUGGAGUCGACCUUCCGGCUGGAGUGCAAAGAUAAGGGUAAUGAGAGGCCCUAAGAUCCCAGAGGAUGCCGUAAGAGGAAAAGUUAGGAGAGUGUUGAAGACUCUGCCUACUACAAAUAUGAAUCCAUGGGGUGGGGAGAAGGUUGAGGAGAUAUGGAACAAGGGCACCAGAUUGUAUGGAUCACAUAGGAGACUGAGUGGAUGGAUGAUUCUGACGCGUCUUCUCUUAGGAACAGAUGUGUUGCCAGGUUGCAAUAGUUCAGAAAGAUGAGAUGAGUACUUGCCAUGAAUCUUAUCUUUUCUGUCAGAGAUUUAUUGCAUAGAAAUUGGAUUUGGCUCCUUCUUUUAUUUGUUGGCUUAUAACCAAAGUAAAAUGUUCCAUAUGCCGAAAGGAGCUACCCUAUUUCAUCUAAUCUAAGAUUUCCCCCAUUGUAAGACACUCUCUUAUUUUAUGAUCAACUAAGAAAGAAAAAGUAUUGCCAAUUAACUAGGACACAUCAUAUGUUGUAAGAGACAUCCCAGUUUUAGAGAUGUGAAAUCAUGAAAUACCAUGUGCUGUAGAAUUGAUGAAAUAUGAUAUGUAAAUCAAAGGUUCCAAACUUAUUGCCGAGGCCAUUUCACAGUGUUUUAUGAUCUGAAUUAUCAUCUGAGUCUGGACCCUUAAUAAAUAGUAAUAGCUAUGACCAAUUGUUGAACAAAAAAUACGUUGCUUGUCACAUUUACAUUCAUUAUUUCCAAUCCUUUCAACUACAUUGCAAGGAAGAAGGUAUAAAUUCCAUUUUACAAGGCAGGAAAUUGAGCUCCUAGAGGUUAGGUAAAGCAUGAAAGUGAAGCUGCCAGGAGUGAGAGCUGACAUUUGAAACCAGCUAGGUCUCCCUUCAAAGCUGAGAUGCCUUCAGUUACUCUACAGAAUUACUUUUGUUGAAGAAGCUGCCUGAUUUGGGAAUGCCUUUGAGAAUGAUACUUUAUCUAAAUAUUUGUGGAUUGUUUUAGAAACAAGUACCCACCCAUCACACAGUUGUCACCCAGCAAUAAUAGUGAGACUGGCUCCUCUCUUUCAGCUAGAGUUAAAAGAGAAAGGAGGGGAGAAGGGGUAGCUAUUCACCUCCACAGAAAUCGUGACAGACAUAAUGGGGCUAAUGCUUUUCAAAAUUGCAAAGUGCUGUGUCAUUGUUUACCUUCUGCCAAGUCCUUAUUCAUAGGAGGGAGAAAGCCCCUUCAGAACUCCCGAAAUGUUAGGGCUUCGAGUUCUUAAAGCACAUGCAUAAAGUAUUUCUAGUACAUUAUUCAAAAUAUACUUUUUCUUUUUCUUUUUUUUUUUUUCUGUAAUUUG